ACAGCAGAGAUGUUGGAGCCUGCAGGGCUUUUUGUGAGGUAGCGCUGCACUGUGACUCUGAGCUGCAGUGUAAAUGAAGCUUUUAGUGACUCUGUAGAAAAGAGAGAAGUGGACUAGCAUUCCUGCAGCUGCAUCCAUGGACACUGUAAAGGACGGGGGAUCUCAGCCUGUGUACAGCCGCUGGUCGUACAGACCCUCCAGCUCUGCAAGCUUCUCCUCCAACUCAACAAGUGGCAUUGAAGAUGACAGCGCCAGUCUCAUGCAGCAGAAGCUGGAAAAACAGAGAGCUCUACUGGAGCAGAAGCAGCGGAGGAAGCGUCAGGAGCCCCUCAUGGUCCAACCCAACACAGAGGCUCGGCCCCGGCGCUCCAGGGCCCGUCGAGGCGAGGAGCAGGCCCCGCUGGUGGAGUCCCAACUUCAUGUCACCAACGACGUCAUCAUGGAUGGUAUUGAUGGCCCAGCAGCUUUUUUAAGCCCAGAGGCUCCUGACCAGGGAAUGAAAAUCCAAAUCCUGUCAGUGAGCCCAACACAGUCCCAGUCCCCAUCUCAAUCUCAGUCCCAGUUCAAGAUACAGCCUCAGUCUCAGCCCCAGUCCCCCGCCACUGAGGAGCCUGAGAGGGAUGGAGACACUGAGACGCUGCUGGAGCCAAAGACAGACAUCCAUGAAUUACUUCAGAAACAAGGUCUGUGUGGCAGCAUGAACUUCGAUGAAGCCAGCGACCACGAGGACGACACGGAGGAAGAACGGACACGCUCCAUGUCCCCGAACACAGACACCGUCAGACCUUCUUCUGCUGCCAGCGGCAAAGACAUUCCAGAGCUGGUUACCCCCGGGUCACCCACAGCAGACAACCCACUCAUCGACGUGGCCAAUCUAGAAGAGUUUGUGUUUCAACCGGCUCCACGCGGCGUCACGGUUAAAUGUCGAAUAACAAGAGACAAGAAGGGAAUGGACCGCGGCCUGUACCCAACAUACUUCAUGCACAUGGAGAGGGAGGACGGCAAGAGGGUGUUUCUGCUGGCGGGUAGGAAGAGAAAGAAGAGUAAGACAUCCAACUACCUUAUUUCAGUGGACGCCACUGAUCUGUCAAGAGAGGGAGAAAGCUUCAUAGGUAAACUAAGGUCCAACCUCAUGGGCACCAAAUUCACCGUGUACGACAACGGCACCAACCCCUGCAAGAACCCCGGAGCUCUGCUGGAGGAGAGCAACAAGCGACAGGAGCUGGCGGCCAUCUGCUACGAAACAAACGUGCUGGGAUUUAAAGGACCCCGUAAGAUGACCGUGAUCAUCCCAGGCAUGAACAUGAACUUUGAAAGAGUCCCAGUGAGGCCUCCGAAUGAGCAGGAGAGUCUCCUGAGCAGGUGGCAGAACCACACACUGGAAAACCUGAUCGAGCUGCACAACAAAGCGCCGGUGUGGAACGACGACACCCAGUCUUACGUGUUGAACUUCCACGGCCGUGUCACCCAAGCUUCAGUGAAAAACUUCCAAAUAGUCCACGACAAUGACCCUGACUACAUUGUGAUGCAGUUUGGCAGAGUGGCCGAGGACAUCUUCACUCUGGACUACAACUACCCCAUGUGCGCUCUUCAAGCCUUCGCCAUCGGCCUCUCGAGCUUCGACAGCAAGCUGGCCUGCGAGUGAACUCCGGGCUUUUUACUUCCACGCUAACACCUCUCCUGUCCGCCCUCCAAUCUCUUCUCGUGGGACUGUGUUUUUGGAUGUUGACAGCAACACGGCUUACAUCAUGAGAAAGUGGUUCAAGCUGAGGUCACCAUGGGACUGACAAAAAGAGAGAGAGAGGAAACCGGUGCUGUAUCUGUGCCGCUAGCCUUCUCAUGAUACUUUAGCCGGGUUAUAUCAAUAUCAGAUUGAGCAUUUUGUACAUUUGUAUACACACAUAAAGGGAAAACAAAAUAAAACACCACUCAUCUGUGCUGGAGACAAGUGUCCUUGGUGCAAAAAGAACUGAUGUUGUAUUUAUGACAUAUUUGUAGAUUGAAAGGUUGAUCAUGUGCAUUAAUAUUUUACCUUCUGUUGCCUUUAUAUUCCACUUAACGCUGUUUUUAUUCCCUCACAAUAGCAGCUGGUAUGACUUUCUGAGGACCAUAAAUCAUUUUAAAAUCAUUAACAGAAUGGCCUGGGAUCUUGCGCCACCUUCAGGCCAAACUUCAGACGUAUUUAUAGAAAAUAAUCAAAUGUUCCCUCCUUUUUGUUCUUCUAUCCUCUUUUCCUGUUCAUGUAUUUCACCGUCUCAGUGCUGGCAGAGUUUCACUUUUAUGUACAUCUUUAUUUAUGACUGCAUCGUCUCACCUCCCGCCUGCUUGUAGCUAUUCUAACUUAUGUUGUUUUCAUGCUCUUUUUUUAAUGUUGUGUGGAAUGUGCAUUAUUCAGAAACAGGCCUGUCUUACAUUGCUUGUGUUUCUCUGUGAAUAUGUGUAAUUUUUAUCUUGUGACUGUGAUUUUUCUUUAUCAAUAACACAAUGAGUUACCCUGAAAAAAGAAAGCAUUAAUGCAGAAUUGCACAAUUAAAGACAAAGGAUAUACACACUGCU